AUGGCACAGAUCAUUCUGAUGACGCCCUACGACUACGGCGACAAGGGAUCACCCUCGGACAUACCCUCUAACUGGAAGACUACCUUCCGGCGAAUAGACGUGUCCGGGACGUUUGUCAAGCACAAGAUCAAGAUCGCUGUUGUUUCCGCUGUUUUGUUACUUCUAACCUUCUUGGAACUCAUUAUAGUUUCGAAAAGUUCACUUUACGUGCCCAACUUUUCCAACACACCCUCAGUUCACUACUUUGACUUGAAGAACUACGACGGAGCCCCCGAUGGCUGGCAAAAAGAGGACAGAGUAUUGUUCUGUGUGCCUCUCAGAGACGCUGCAGCCCACUUACCCAUGUUUUUUGGUCACAUGAAGAACUUGACAUACCCACAUCGUCUCAUCGACUUGGCCUUUUUGGUCAGUGACCUGAGCGACGACACUAUGGGCGAGUUGAAGCGCCACUUGCGCGAGAUCCAGACCCACCCCAACGAAGAAAUGCACUUUGGCGAGAUCGAGAUCUUCGAGAAAGACUUCGGCCAAAUCAUUGGCCAAUCUUUCAGUGACAGACAUGGCUUUGCUGCCCAGGGCCCUAGACGGAAAUUGAUGGCCAGAGCAAGAAACUGGCUCUGGACCGUGGCCUUGAAGCCCUACCACCUGUAUGUGUACUGGAGAGAUGCCGACGUAGAGACGGUUCCACCUACCAUUUUGGAGGACUUAAUGCACCACGACAAGGACGUAAUUGUGCCCAACGUGUGGAGACCGUUACCAGACUGGCUAGGAAACCAGCAGCCUUACGACUUGAACUCGUGGCAGGAGUCUGAUGGUGGCUUGCAGUUGGCACAGACCCUCGGCGAGGAUGCAUGCAUUGUUGAAGGUUAUGUUGAGUACCAGACGUGGAGACCUCAUUUGGCCUACCUUAGAGAUCCGUAUGGAGACCCGGAGGUUGAGAUGGACUUGGACGGAAUUGGAGGAGUGUCUAUUUUGACUAAAGCUAAGGUGUUCCGAACUGGGUCUCAUUUCCCUGCGUUUUCAUUCGAAAAACACGCUGAGACUGAGGCUUUUGGCAAGAUGAGCAAGCGCAUGGGAUACUCGGUGGUGGGAUUGCCACACUACGUGAUUUGGCACAUCUACGAGCCAUCUCUGGAUGACUUGAAGCACAUGGAGUGGAUGGCAUUAGAGGAGGUACGGAAGAAGGAGCAGGAUAAGAUCAUGGCUGUGUAUGAUAAGGUCUGGGACAAGGGCUUUGCAGACCGUCUGCUGGUUUGGGAGAAGGAGAGAAAUUUCAUCUUAAAGAAUACGGACACAAACAGAAACAUUUUCGUGGAUUGGUCUGGUCAGGACGAAUUGUACAUCGAAGAAGAUGAAAAGAAGCUUGCAGAUUUCCAGCCAUGA